ACGCGACUUCUUUCUAUCGCAUACCACUAACGCAUACCAUGAACAUAAGCGGAAUAGAAACACCCUCAAUCCCGACCAUAUUCGAUCCUACGACAUGCAGUCGUAAAGGUCUUUGUCCUGUUACAGAGAUCAGACACCAAGGCGAAGUAUUCGAAAGUCAUUCAUUGUAUUUCGAACAGCAUGGAACGGGGCCAACGAAGGUCCUUUUCAUCAUGGGGCUCAAUAGCACCUCGUUCGCAUGGUCACCGCAAGUAGACUACUUCGGGCGAAAGCCUGAAUUCUCGGCUCUCGUGUUCGAUAACCGUGGUGUAGGUAAUAGUGGUGUACCUCGUGGGCCAUACUCAACAUCUGGUAUGGCAGAGGAUGUCAUCGUCCUCUUAGACUAUGUUGGAUGGACGGCCAAACGCGACUUUCAUGUCGUCGGUGUAUCUCUUGGAGGAAUGAUCGCUCAAGAGUUGGCGACAAGGAUACCCGAGCGUAUUAUUUCAUUAACACUAGCUGUCACAACACCUGGUGGUCGUCCGUGGACAAAUCUGCCUCCAUGGAAAGGAUUGACAUCGUUGUUGAGACUUCAAUUCAUCACCGACCCUGAAGUGAAAAUACCCAUAAUUCUCGAAAUGGUAUUCCCUCGUAAGUGGUUAGAUGAGCAGGCAGAGAACGACCCCCAGGGGCGACUCAAUAGAGAACUUGCGACCCUCGUAUGUCCUGCUUCUUCAUUUCAAGUACAUCAUCCGCGUCAAGUCACUAACGGCCAUACUCAGGACUAUCGUAAACGGAUAGAGCUUACGAAGCCACAAGCAUUCUUCGGAGCCAUCUCCCAGAUGUUUGCGGGCCUGACACACCAUGUUACACCUGAUCGUUUAUCUCAAAUUUCCAAGACAAUACCCAAAGUAUUGAUCCUAACAGGAGAUGAAGACGACCUUGUAGAUCCACAGAAUAGUCUACAUCUGAAGAAGCACAUGCCAGAAGCGGAGUUGGUGCAAUGGGAAGUGACUGGUCAUGGAAUACACGUGCAGCGAACAGAUAAGUUCAAUGCAUUGUUGGAGCGGGUCUUUCAAGAGGGGCGAGAAAGACUAGAGUCUAAGACGAAGUAAUGUAUAGUGUGAGCUCGGCCCCGUAUGGGACUUAGAUUUAGGCUAUGAUGUUCACCUUCGAGUAUGGAUGUUUUAUUACAUAGAAUAUAGGACGAAGGCCUGGUAGAAUCGCUUUCACGUAUCCUUCAAACGUUUCCAACAGUGUACGUCUACUGUCGUACUCAGACUCCGUACAGCGAUCGGUACAAGCGAGGCCAUAGAAGUAUUGGGGUUGGAUUUCAUCUCCUUUCCUGUCAUCGGUGCCUGCGGGAUUCUGGAACCCAUUGCUUGAAUCGGCUCAAUUCGUCUCGUUUGUAUAUUGGAUCUAGCGAGACGUCCAGCAGCUGCGCGGAUACGAAUAAGACGAGGGAGUGUACGUUGCAUAGGGGAAGGCUUUUAAAGACAAAUAAAGCGAUGGCGUUAAG